AUGGAGUCAUUCGCCAAGCGCGAGCCCAUGCUCUCGAAGAGGCUUCAGAACAGCCAGCAAAUCUCGCUCGAUCAGAGCGAUGUGCCAAACCUGCGUUCCUGCUACCACUGCCCAGCGCUUGAAACCCUCCAGAUCGGAACGGCGACCGCACUUCGAGAUCACGAGCUCCAAGCCCCUAUCGAUACAGACACUCUGGUCCAUUACAUGGGACAGCCGAGCAUGAGGACCAUGGUAGUCCAGGACAUGCGCGUCGUUGUGACCGACGACAGGACGCAAUCUAGGUAUCCGCCAAUUGAAGACCUCCACCUCAACCGCCUUGGACGACUCUCAAGCCUCGAACUGCGCCAGGUCAACAUCAAUGCCGAGGCCCUUGUCAAAUUGUUCCGCACCUGCACCGAUCUCCGAGCGUUUACCUUGACGAGGCCAUCCGGUGAUCGGGGUGCUGUCUUGCUGUACGAGCUCGCCGACACUCUACGCAACGUGUCUUCCUCCCUAACCAGCCUGACGCUCGGGUACAACAGCGUGCACAAACCGCCGGAGAUCACGCUUCUGCCAUCACUACGCAACAUGAAGACCCUCCUCCACCUCCAGAUCGACCCGUCGAUGUAUCUCGGCCGCCACUUGUGUCCCUAUCGUCUCCCCAACUACCCCGUGGUCGUCACGCGGCCGGCCUCUUCGUUCGCCGACCUCCUUCCGGACGGCCUCCAGACACUCACCUUGGACAUCGACAUCGAGCAAGUGAUGCGUCUGCCAGAUUAUCGCCGGGACAUCAUCACUAGUAUUAUCGGCGCAAGGGCACACCUGCCCAACCUGGCAGAAAUCACGCUGUUCGAGGACGGGGCUGCCUGGGCGGCGGCUGUCAACAUGUGUUCUUGCGGUCAAUGUUAUCGGCAGAUGGGUCGGAUCUGGCGCGGCAACCCUGGCAGACGUAGUGCCGAAGAAACGCAGGAGCGGAGGGAGUUUGUGAAGCAAUUGAGAAAGAUGGACGUGAAGCUGUUUAGAGAUAUUGGGGACGGCGCGGGCAGGUAUGAGUACAGUACGGCUUGGGGAAGUGCGUGA